AUAGCUGGCUGUCGCAUAGACUGACAGUCUCGCUGAUUGUUUCCUUGUUUCUUUUAUUGGCUCGGAUUGCUUGGGUUUCUGGUUACGCGUAUGUUUGGUUUUGAGCAGCAUUUUUGUGGGUUACAAAGUGAAUGUCGCGCGCUACGUGCCACAGUCGUUCGUGACCAGCACAGCGAGUCACUACUGCCUGUGGUGCGCAUAGUAUGGUGUUGCAGCACCUUCAAGGAUAUUUUUGGACGUAAUUUUUUGGAGUAUAAAUAUGAGUGGCUUUGCUGUUGGCAAUUCAGUACGACAAGCGCAACGCUGCUGAGUGGACGCGUCAAGCGCUUGAGCCGAAGCAAAAAGGGAGUGUGUUUAUAAUUUUGUGCGAUUUCAAGUGUAGAAAAAGACGAAAUUUUUUACGACAAACUUUUUUAAAGUGUUUUGAAUUUUCUGCGAGAAAUAAAUUACUGUAUAAAUUAUGGCUAUACCUUUCUACGAACCACGUCACCAGCACACAACUGAGUGCGAUCAAGUUGAUGGACAUUUUCCGCCAGCGCCAAGCAGCCAGUCCGUGGCAUUGCCGACGGCAAAUCCGGCUAUGCCUGUGGCCGUAAUGCAACCGGCGGCGGCCAGCACAAGUACAAACGCUCCGAGAGCACUUGCGACGGGUAUCGCAACAGCGAGGGCUAUUUCCAGUGUUUCUAUGCCAGCUGGUGCAAUUUUUUCAGCCACAUCCACAUCUUCGAGCACAGUUACAACUUCGACAAUGACCCAUACAACAGAAGCUAUAGCUUCAAAUGUGAGCGCUACUUCGAUCACAACCACAUCCUCGCAUACAGUCACGUCUUCGUACUCCGCCUCUGCACCUGCCGCCGCUCCAGCAAUAUUUUCAAUAACUGCUAGCAAUCCAGCCAUUUCCACUUUCUUGCCGACCAACGACACUUCUACUGAAUCCACCCAAACGUCUUCUUCUCCUUCAGCCGCUCUCGCAUCAGAGCCUCUGCCCUGGAAACUGCUCGCCGUGGCUAUGUGUAAAGCUUUAAAACAAUACCAUCAACAAACUGGUUCCAGAGAUUUGCUUACCAAAACCGUCAUCGAAAUAGUGCCAAGUGGAGGAGUUGGCGCACAAGGCCCACCAUCAGCCGCCGGCAAUUAGAAGAGUUCCGGGUUAGAGAAGAGUUACUAAAAAGUUACGUUCCUGGUAAGGGCCCGUGCUCAAACGGCGUCCAGUGUAUUGUGUGGUAAUGCUCCAGAAAAGCGCAAUUGUGAUGUUUGUCAAAUAUGAUUUCCAUGCGACGGUGCGGAGAAGUUUCAAAGACUUUGCUGCGACCGUCGGCAAAUGCAAAGCGUGGCGCCGUUUUUAUGGGAAAGCAAUUUAUCGAAGUGAGGUGUAUGAAAUAAGCGUAAUUGUGAUAGCGUUUAUAAGUUAAGGAAGAGUGUUUGAUUAGAUUUAGUUAAAAAUCAAAAACCCACAUGAGUAUUUUAAGCUUGAAAUAGUUAGUUGGCAUAGGUAAUAUUAGAAAGUUAUGGAAGCAUUAAAAGUUGCAGAUGAAAUCACUUUUCCAUAUUCAAUAUUACUAAAUAAUUGUCGAAGCUUCAAUAUUUGUACACAAAAACUCAAGUUUACAAUAUUUUACAGUUUUUGAAAUUAUCAAAAAAAAAAAAUUUUAUUUAGUGGGCAAUCGAAAAAACUAAUAAUAAUUGCGCAAUACGCAAAAUACCCAGGUUUUCAAUCGUAUAAAUUUCUAAUGCAUAAGACACAAAUAUUAUUUAUGACAUUUAAAAAAAACAGAUUUUCUCAAAAGCAGAGAAAUCUUGGAUAUAUUCCUUAGUUCAUAUUUUUAGAAUAGAAAUACAAAAUAAAUACACUUUUUUCCGUAUUUUAAAAAGAAAAAUGUUUUUAUUUGAAAUUCAACGAUAAAUUAGGAAUAUUUUUUAUUGCCAAAUUUUUUUUUAUA